CUUUACAGAAGACGCCUUCGAAAAACUUGGGCAGGUUGAUGAGAAGUGGUGGAACCGCACCAACUUAUCACGAUCGAAAGGAGAACGUCAUCGGUGACACUAUUGCAGACAGAUUUGAGACUCGAAUCGGAGAGGAAGUCGAACAGCUGGACGGGGACACAUUUGAGCUGUUCCUCAAGAAUAUUCACGCGAAUCGAAUUAACUAUCUGCCGGAGGAACCAUCAACAUCAUCUGCUACAGCUGCUGGUGAAGGGGAAUCGACAGAAAAUCAUAUCUCAAUAAUGGGUCUUGUCGAUGAGGCGAAAAAGCGUCUGAACGCGGAAAUCACCGAGCAGCAUAAUCGGAAUACGGCAAAUGCGAAAACUUCCGUCAAAUUCGACGAGGUUAUCGAUUUCAUCGAUGAUGGCGAGGAAGUGAUCGAAAAACCACCACCGCCGGCCGUUCGUGUCAUCACAAAACCACCACACAAUAUGACAUUGCCAAUUUGUGGAAAUCCUGUCACUGAUUAUGAUAAAAUCAAUGAAAUGAAUGGACUUGACGGCGAGAAUCACAUGUUCAAACCGGAGCAACUGCUGGAUCCAUUUUCACGAAUGGAAAUGGGACAAAUGGCACAAGCGGUCGACGAUCUUGAUUUGGAAAAAGUGGAGAAAAGUCAGAAGAAUUACAAGUGUAAUGAGCAAGAACAACUCGAUUGGCUCAUGGAGAGACGGCUCAUUGAAUUCAAAAAAUAUAAUGUUCUGGGACCAGCAUCAAAAGGCGAAUUCUCGGCAUUCAUGGAAAGCCUAUCGACACCAGUUAUCUCAUGUGAUGUGGGUGUCACGAAUCCUCUCUCCGCUCCAAAUUAUUCAACAUUUCAAUGCCUGACACCAAAUGGUCGACUACUUCCAGCAGUUCCACGAAAGUAUCCAUCACAAUCAGAGCCACCACCGAGAAGCCGUCCGGCUCCACAGAAGCCUCCGAUUACGAUAAUGCUUCAGUCGAACUCACGGCUCACGGCCAAUAAUACAAUUACUCCACCAUCGUCAGCUUCAACAUCGCCUCCGCCACCGGAUCCGGAAAAUCAGAAGAAGAAGAAGAAGCUCAAAAAGGCUGAUGAGUCUGAAGAUCACGAAGAAGCCGAGGAGGAAGAGGAUAAGGAAAAUGAGAUUAGUGUCGAGGAACGAGAGGCUCGACGUGCGAAAAAUCGAAAAAUACGGGAGAAAAAGGCCAGAAAGAAGGCCGCUCAGGAGGCCAGACAGGCUGCCGAGGAGGCCCGGCAGGCCGAACAUUUGCAACGAGAGGAGAGGAUUCUGGCGAACAGCGUUGUGAGGAUGGCCUUGCAAGAAGGGCUACCACCACCACAAGAGGAAUCGCCGAAAAAUCGUCCAAAUGGCCGCCGAUCGAUUGGAACACAGGGUGGAAAGCAUAAGAAGAAUGAGAAAGGUGUCAGUCAGGAGUAUACUGUCAAGGAAAAUGGACGAAGGUUUUUAGAUAUGUCUGAUCUCUAUUGUAGUGGAGAGGAUUCACAAAAUCUGUCGAAGAUCCUGAAAGAUCUUGGGAUCAACGAUAUCUCGGAGCUGAGCGAGAAUCCGGGUAAAAAGAACAAAAAAGGAGUGGCGGGAGCUGCUGGUUCAGGAAAGAAGAACAGUAAGCAGCAACAAGUGAAGCGGGAGCAACCACAAAAAGAAGUUGCACGAGCACCGCCUGCCGACAACGAACCGAUUGUAGCAGAAGAGGAAGAGGAGAAGAGUGAUAAGAAAAUGGAUGAGGUUGCCGUCGCUGCCUCUAUCACUUCCAGAAAACGUUCAUCAUCUGGUGCCGCACAACAAUCAGAAGAGGACGACGAUCAAUCAUACGUAUCGGCACAGGAAAAUCUUGGAGGAUCCAACAGUCGUCUUUCUACACCACCGACCGAAUUCGCAGACGCCCGUCAAUCUCGUGAUGAAGCGAUUGAGAAUGUGAUGGCUGAUCCGAAUAACUACAGAGAUGACGAUGAUGUGGAAACACUUGCAAAACAGUUACAACAGGAAGAAGACGAGUUUAUCACAGUUGGAAAGAAUCGAAAAAAGAAUAAGAAGCAAUCGUCUGUACAGGAUAAUGGAUCAUCUUCAUCGUCGGCUUCAUCUUCAGCUUCACCAUCCAAUCGUCGUAAUACACUUCCAGAUGCUCGUGCUUCAUCUGCAAUUGGAUAUGCUUCAUCAUCAUCUACUGCAACACCGGCAACUCCUCAGUCUCAGCAACAACAGCAUUUCCAGAGAAAUCGCCCGGCUGCUCAUUCGACAACUCUUGCCGAUUUCAUUGAUUCCACCAAAAAGGAGACACAUAAGAAUGUGAAGCACAAGAAGAUUAGUGCCGGAGCCGGAGCACACCACAAGAAGCAUGAAUCGAUGGAAGAGCCCGUCUUUUUGGAUGCUCCUGAGACAAUUUCUGUUAAUACGGCGCCAGGAUUCUCGUACGCGGACGCUGCGAAGAAGACAUCAGGAGAAAAUUCACCAGAAAUGUCUCCAAUUCCACCACCACCACCAGCAUCCACAGCUUCUGCUGAGCCAAUUGUUGAGAAGAAGCCGUUGAGAGAAGGUUCCAGUGGAGGAGCUGUACAGCUUCCACCGUCGACUCUUGCCGCUUCGGAUAUUUCGUUUGGAUAUGAGGAGACGCCAGAAGACAAACGAAAGCGUCUUCAAAAGGAAUCAAAAAGUGUCACAUCUCCACCACCACCAACACAAAAAGCUCCUCCGCCGCCGCCAACUCGAAUGAACGGUGACGAUUUGUUGAGAUCAUUCACCACACAAGAUGGAAAUGGUGGAAAUCGUCUUGCCGGACUUCAGGAAAUGCCAAAAACUUGGUCAAGUGAAUCAAAUGUUCUUGGAACAGAGAUACUUGCCAAUUGGAAACCUCAAUGGGAAAAAUUUAUGAAUACUGGAGCCAAGCCCAUCACAUUCGUCCCAAAGAAGAAAUAAACGUCUAAUGAAUCAAUCGAGAAUUCUAUCGUUGAUUUUGUUUUUUUGUUUGUUAUUAAUUAUAAUUCCUCUCUCCAAUCAUAAUCAUCAUCACCGCUCAAUCAUUUUUAUAUAUGAAUUGAAAUAUUUUUAGUUCUUCCUUCACUUUUGCCUUUUUUUUUUGUCCCAUUGCUUUCCCCUCAUUCAAAAAUAUUCAAAUUUGACCCCUUCCAUCCAAUUCUGAAAAUCUUUCCCCCACACAACAACUCUCUCUCCAAAAAACAAAAAAUCUCUCUUCUCCUUACGUAAUUCUGGUAUAAUUUCCCUGUUAUCAUGUGUUCCUCUUCGAAAUGUUGCGAGUUUUUUUUCUUCCAUUUUUUUGCCCCCAAGAAUUCCCCAAUUUUGUGAAAUAUUCCCCCUUUUCCCCCGGAAAUUUUUAAUUUAAAAUUUGGCGAUUUUAAUCGAAUUUUCAGGCAAAAUUUGUUAGAAAAUUGAGAUUUUUGCGGAUUUUACAUUUUUUUUUUUUAGUUCAUUUUCAGCUGAAAUUAUCAAAAAUUUCGAGUUUUUAGCCAAAAUUCACAAAUUUUCAUACGAUCAUCCACUAUUUUCUAAGAAAUUCUGAAAUUUGGUAGAUUUUAUUUUUGAGUUUUUAGCCAUUUUUCAACCAAAAUUUGGGAAUAAUCUGCAAAAAUCUGAAUUUUCAAACAAUUCUAAUAAAAUUUCAAGCUAAAAUUAUUAAAAUUUUCCAACUUUUUUUCCUGAAAAUUUCAAAAAAUGUGAUUUUUUUUCAAAAAUUUCCCAAAAUUUCAACAAAUUCAUUUUCAAAAUGUUGAAAAUGAAAUAUAUAUAUAUCGGGUCCCCCGUUCUCUGUUUAAGUCACAAUUUUCAUAUCUCUCCCGAUUUUUAAAUAUCUUUGUGAUGUCUCACACACAUAAGCCCCGCCCCCGUUUUUAAGCACCGCCCAUUUCAUUGCCUUUCUCCGCCCCCCGUUUUCUACAAUUUUUCCCCGUUAAAUUAUACUCCGCCCCUUUCCUGCACACAUUUCGACUUCAAUAUUCAUAUUAUUAUUAUUUUCAAUCCCAAUUUUUUCUUUACUUAAAAUUUUCGUGUUGACUCCGCCCCACCGCCCCCAAAUUGUCUGUUUGUUUAGAAAAAGCCCCCGUUUAUAUGAUUUUCCGCUUUGGAAUAAUAAAAGUGGACGUUU